AUGAAAUCCAAAAGGGUCACUGGGUCGAAGAAACUUGAAAAAGACAAAUCCGAAAUUCCAUCAUCAACAUUUGAGGACACGUGGACUUUAGUAGUUACCAUGCUAUUUGAUUUAAACGCAAAAAACGCCACAGAUACAACAAGUCCCCCUUACACCAUAAUCUACAAUUGUACUCAGACUGAUAUAUAUGAACAGGUGGUGAGACCCAUCGUCGAUUCCGUCCUGGCAGGUUAUAAUGGGACAAUCUUUGCAUAUGGACAGACGGGGACUGGGAAAACAUUUACCAUAGUAACUCACAUUAAAAUUAAAUCAAAGGAAGAUAUACGAGACUUGCUUUCCAGUGACCACUCCUUUCGCCAUGAAUUAAAGGAACGGCCUGACACAGGAGUUUACGUCAAAGACCUGUCUACCGUCGUUACUAAAAACGUCGAACAAGUACAGCGAGUGAUGGACAUUGGGGACAAAAAUCGUAGUGUAGGAUACGCCAAUCGUGCCAAGAAAAUCCAAAACAAGCCACACGUCAACGAAGAUCCCAAAGACGCCAUCCUUCGAAACUACCAGCAGGAGAUCGAGAGACUCAAAUCACUUUUACAACACAAACAAGAGUCAACCAAAUCGGAAGAGACCGAGGAAGACAUGGUUAUCAAUGAGAGACAUAAAUUGGAAGAAGAACGGAACAAAAUCAUGAAUAACGACACGUUGCUUAACAAAGUAAUCAAUUCAAUCACUUUUAAGGAAAAGACCCGUUUGAUGGAACAACUCGAGACCAAACAAGAGAAAUUGAGGAUUCAAGAAGAAAACAGAAUUCAGCUCAGCAAAAAACUGCAGGUGAGGACACAAAUCUACGUCCUAGAGCAUGCAAAGUAAACUUCUCAAUGGAACGACUAAUUUUGUUCGACACACUCGAGAACAGCAAGCA